UGAUAAGGUGUCCUAAGCACAUGAGUUUCCCUGUGUGAAGAGAGAUGAUUUCCAUAAUCAGCACGUUUGUUUGGUAACAGACGAUUUGCUCUUUUUACAGGUAACAGUAACUUUUAAGUUGUGUAACAUUUACUUAACAAGCUGUAGUCUCCAACCUCCAGGAGAAGUUGCUUCUCCUUUUGCUGCAGCGGUCUAUUUGGCACAAAACCCGCGGGCGCCCAGGAGCGGGCAUCAGUCCUGGUUUACAUUUUCCGAGAGGAGAAAGUGGGGCACAGGCCGCUAAACUGACCCUGCGGCCAGGGCGGCGUGGGGGCGUGGCGGGCGUGGAGCACGCAUGCGCGGCAGCAGCUGCGCGCUGCCCGGAUCGUGCGGGGCCCGAGCCUCUCCGCCGGCGCAGGCUCCCUCGCGCCAGCUCGCGGCCGCCGCCAUGUCGGCCGCUAUCGAGCGGGAGUUUGAUGAGUUGGACGCUCAGAAUCGCUGGCAGCAGCUGUACCUGGAAAUUCGCAGUGAGUCACAUGACUAUCCUCAUAGAGUGGCCAAGUUUCCAGAAAACAGAAAUCGAAACAGAUACAGAGAUGUAAGCCCAUAUGAUCACAGUCGUGUUAAACUGCAAAAUGCUGAAAAUGAUUAUAUUAAUGCCAGCUUAGUUGACAUAGAAGAGGCGCAGAGGAGUUACAUCUUAACACAGGGUCCACUUCCUAAUACAGGUUGUCAUUUCUGGCUCAUGGUUUGGCAGCAAAAGACCAAAGCAGUUGUCAUGCUAAACCGAAUUGUGGAGAAAGAAUCGGUUAAAUGUGCACAGUACUGGCCGACAAAGGAUGACCGAGAGAUGCUGUUUAAGGAAACAGGCUUCAGUGUGAAGUUCCUGUCGGAAGACGUGAAGUCCUAUUAUACGGUCCAUCUGCUGCAGUUAGGAAACACCAAUAGUGGUGAAACCAGAACAAUAUCUCACUUUCAUUAUACUACCUGGCCAGAUUUCGGAGUCCCUGAAUCACCAGCUUCAUUUCUCAAUUUCUUAUUUAAAGUGCGAGAGUCUGGCUCCUUGAAUCCUGAACACGGGCCUGCGGUGAUCCACUGUAGUGCCGGCAUUGGGCGGUCAGGCACCUUUUCUCUGGUGGACACUUGUCUUGUUCUGAUGGAAAAAGGAGACAAUAUUAAUAUUAAACAACUGUUACUGAAUAUGAGAAAAUACCGAAUGGGGCUGAUUCAGACACCAGAUCAACUCAGAUUUUCAUACAUGACUAUAAUAGAAGGAGCAAAGUUUAUAAAGGGAGAUUCAAGUAUACAGAAACGGUGGAAAGAACUUUCUAAGGAAGAUGUAUGUCCUGUUUUCGAUCAUUCACUAACCAAAAUAAUGACUGAAAAAUACAAUGGGAACAGGAUAGGCCUAGAAGAAGAAAAACUGACAAGUGACAGGUAUACAGGACUGUCCUCUAAAAUGCAAGAUACGCUGGAGGAAAACAGUGAGAGUGCUCUGCGCAAGCGCCUUCGGGAGGACAGGAAAGCCAGCACAGCUCAGAAGGUGCAGCAGAUGAAGCAGAGGCUGAACGAGACCGAACGAAAAAGGAAAAGGCCAAGAUUGACAGACACCUAAAUAUUCAUGACUUGAGAAUAUUCUGCAGCUAUAAAUUUUGAACCAUUGAUGUGCAAAGCAAGACCUGAAGCCCACUCCGGAAACUAAGUGAGGCUUGAUAAGCCUGUAGAUUGCCUCACAUUUGUCUGUUUACAAAGUAAACCUUACAUCCAGGGAACGAAGAGCACCACCAGCAGAAGACUUUGCAGAACCCUUUCAUUUGAUGCAUUGUUAAGUUUUUUAAUGCGUGUGUGAAAUGUAGAGAGAUGUAAAAGAAAUAAAUUAGGAAAGACUACUUUGUAUUGUACUGCCAUUCCUACUGUAUUUUUAUACUUUUUGGCAGCAUUAAAUAUUUUUAUUAAAUAGAC